CCUUCCUGUCUCGCCUUUCUUAUUUGGACUUCAACAAUUGCAUCUCCUGACGCGGCAAGUCCAUUGCUAUGUGCUGAAAGCAUUGAUUACUUCGGCCGGCACGGAGACUACAACUUGCAUCGGUUCCGCGGCCGGUUACAUCUUCCCAACUCCUUCUCGUCACCUUCCACUAGUACUACUACUUCAGGGCGCUGAUAUGUGUGUCAAGCUCCCAAUACCUAACCUAGUAUCCAGGCGCCGAAUUCUCGAACCCUUUCCAGGACUCAGGAUCCUGCCAUACGCCAAUUCACGAUGUCCGAUUCAAAAACCUGCCCCUCUGGGAACCUCUAUCCCUUACCCUCGCGCGAGCAUCUUCUCAACAAGUAUCUCAAUGUGGAGCUUACUUCGUGGUCCCUUCCAACCCCUGCUGCCAUCAUUGAUCGCGCUAUCGUGCGUAGAAACUGUGACGCUAUGCUCAAUGUGUGCCAUGCACUUGGAGUUGCCUUCAGGGCGCACGUGAAAAGUCACAAGACAAUUGAGCUUUCGAGGAUGCAGGUGGGCGAUGACGACUCCAGAACCGCACAUUUCGCCGUUUCGACGCUCAUAGAAGCGGAGAACCUUGUGCCUUUGGCCAACGAAUACCAGGCGCGCGGUAGAAAGUGCAAUAUCCUGUAUGCUGUCCCCCUCCCUCCGUCCAGCCUUCCCCGUCUCCACCACCUCGCCGCCCGGCUUCCACCCAACACCAUCUCCAUCCUCCUCGACAAUCCGACCGCCCUAACCGCCUUUCUCUCCCACCCCUCUGCAUCCACCGCCUCUAUCGGCAUCUUCAUAAAAAUCGACACCGGCUACGCUCGCGCCGGACUCUCUCCUUCCUCACCUACCUUCAGAUCUACUUUGCAGGACAUGGUACGCAGGAGUGGAACGUCGUUCACCGGACUCUACAGCCAUUAUGGGCACUCGUAUGGCGGCAGUGGCGAAGACGAUGCGCUGAGAGGGCUGCUAGAGGAGCUGCAAGGUCUGGAAAACGCGGCGAAAUAUCUUCCUGCAGAGUUUCAAGGUAGCUUGGUACUCAGUGUGGGUGCCACGCCCACCGCCACCGCCGCACAGAACCUAUUCUCCUCAGAUUCUGGAUCUGCUAAGGUCGCCGAAGUGCGCCAAACCCUUGCCAGAUUAAAGAACAAGGGUUGCGAAGUCGAACUCCAUGCCGGCGUCUACCCCCUCCUCGAUCUCCAACAAGUGGCCACGCACGCGCGCCCCGCAAAGAUUCCACCCAGCCAGAGCUCCAGUUCACACAACAGCUCAGAGACACCUGCAUUCCAGCCCCUCUCCAAAUCCAACAUCGCUCUCAGAAUCCUAGCGGAAGUAUCCAGCGUCUACCCCGAGCGCUCUCCACCUGAAGCCCUUAUCAAUGCUGGCUCCCUAGCGCUGGGUCGCGAACCCUGUAGAUCGUAUCCUGGCUGGGGAAUCCUCUCUUCGUGUCUUGAACUCGGAUCCGAAUCGUCCACCACAGCGCCUAUCUACGACGAGCAGGGAGAUAGAGAGGGCUGGAUCGUGUCGAGGAUCAGUCAGGAGCACGGGAUUCUGGCCUGGCAGGGGGAGAGCGAGAGGUUCAGGGAGGUACAGGUCGGGGAUAGAGUUGCGGUCUGGCCGAAUCAUGCCUGUGUUGCGGGGGCGGGUUUUGGGUGGUACUAUGUUGUGGAUAGCCAAGAGACGGAGGAGACGGGAAAGGAGAAGGUCGUGGAUGUUUGGGUGAGGUGGCGGGGUUGGUGAGAGGCUAUCUCAGGCCGGGACUAGAUAGUAGGUGCACAAGUAAAGGGGAAAGAUAUAAACAGUAUGAAGUUAAUCAACGGAAGCACACCGAGACAGAGAGCGUACAGAUGCGAGCAUGGAUGCCAAGCGGAUCUAUGUUGAUUGAUAAAUGGC